CGAGAGAAAUUCAUCGUCGGCACGAUUCGACCGAAAGGCCCUAAAAUCAAAGUCGAAUUGAACAGAUUAAACCGCGAAACAACUAGACGAGCAAUUCGAUAUUUCUUCUUACGGCUACUAGGCCCGUAUUCCGUCAAAUUCGCGAUGGCAUCUCUCAAACGGUUCUCGUCUUAAUAUCAAGGUAACUAACUUUAUCUCCUUAUUUUCCGUUUCUGUGGUUUGAAACAUUAAGGUUAGGUUAGGUAGAUAAAGUUCUACCUAAUUGAUUUCCUUUCCCCCCAAGAGGUAUCGUAUGCGACAAACUCUGCACUAGAAACAGUAAAGGAAAGGACUAGCUGAGCCACCGAGCCGACCCGAAGUCCCCGCUGCAAGCCUCCACCGAUCCGGUGUAAAGAAGGUCCAUCCUUAAUUGUGUCCCGAGACAUACAUACACACACCUUCCGUCGACCUACCCGCAGGAAGCACAUAAACCAAACAGGCCGUCUAAGCGCUAGGAAAGAGGAGACCAGACAGAUACCUAGGUAACACAACAUGUCUACUACCGAAGCCUCUAAACCACCGGCAGGGCUACAGCAAUGGCAUGCCACAGCGCCAUUCCUACACCUACACUGUGAGUUGGGCGAGGGGCCGUACUACGAAGCAGCGACACACAAAUUGCGAUUCGUCGACAUCAAGAAGAAGCGGGUGCACGCUGUAGAUCUGAACGCAGCGGACCCCGCGUCUGCAGUCGAGACGAUCCAGCUUGAUACACCCGUAACGGUCACGGCCGACAUCGACGGUGUAGACCCCCGCGAGCGCAUCCUUAUCGGCGCCAAGUACGGCAUUGCCGAACUCGACCGCCGCUCCGGCCGUUACGAAUAUCUCGCUCGUUUCAGCAGCGACAAAGAUGACGAACGUCUGCGCAGCAAUGACGGCGCUGUCGAUCCUCAUGGGCGCUUCUGGCUAGGUACCAUGACCGACAUCGGUCUUGAUUUGCAGCCCGAAGGCUCCGUGUUUUUGUUCGACGGCACGCGUACGGCGAGGUCUAUGCGGCAUCCCGUUACGAUCCCGAAUUCUGUGGGGUGGUCGCCGGAUGGGAGGACCCAGUACUUUACGCAUUCGACCGAGCGCACUAUCUUUGCUUCCGACUACGACCCGGUUACGGGGGAUUUGACUAAUGAGCGUAAGUUCUACGUGCAUGAUGGACCUGGCGAGCCUGAUGGCUUCCGCGUCGAUACCGAGGGGAACCUCUGGCAGGCUGUGUACGGCGAGGCGCGCGUGUUGAAGAUCUCGCCGGAAGGAAACUUGGUUGGACAGGUUAACUUGCCAACGAGGAAUUGCACGUGUACACAGUUCGUGGGCACGGAGUUGUUUGUUACGUCGGCUGCUAUGCAUGAGGGGCAGGAGGGCACCGAUAAGGAGUUUGAGCUUGGAGGGGGUUUGUUUAGGGUUGAGGUUGGCGCGAGGGGAUUGGAACCUUUCUUGUUCAAGGUGAGUAAGGCUGUGGACCCAGAAUCUUGAAGUGAGAGUUAUGGAUAUAGAGAAUAUGGAUGGGUGGAUGGGGAGGCAACAUAAACGAGUGUGGGCAUUGGCGUUGUACGACCCAACAAUGAGGCUCUCUAGAUGGAGACAAUUCAAAAUAACAUGAAUAGAACCAGUAUCGCUAGAGUCAAUGGAAAGUGAGGGUAUCAAUCAUUUAUAUUCGUUUUUGAAUGAAGCAUUAUCUAACUAUCUUUCGGCUUGAG